AUGAAGAAGUACAAAGACCACCUCGCCUUGCUGUAUAAGGCGCACGAGAAACUCAAGGAUGAUCUCAAUGCGGUGCUCAACCACCCACUAAUGCCGUCAGAAUUUGAACGAGCAUGGAAGGACCUCAUUCAGAGAUACAACUUGCAAGACGACGAAGUGAUGAAUUCGCUGUGGGAAGACAGGCACGAGUGGAUCUCGGCUUACUACAAGGAAGUUUUCUGUGCUCGGAUGACUUCCACGCAGAGAAGCGAGAGCAUGAACCGCAUACUGAAGCAAAACUUUGUCAAAGAGAAGCAUGAUCUCCAUCUGUUUGCUCAGCAGGUGGACAAGUGCAUUCAGACCAGGAAGGCCGUCGAGCACGCAGAGACAGUAGCAAAUGAGUCAGAAGUAAAGACAACAACCCAGUUUGGGUUCGAAGUUCAGCUAUCAAAAGUGUAUACAAGGGCAGUGUUUGCAGAUUUCAAAGAAACACUCUACCGUAGCACUGCAUUCAGAGCAGAACGGUGCCCUGAGAACCCGACAAAGUAUCCCACACAGCCGCCCGUCAACGCCUACACGGUACUUGGCUGGUUUAAGGUGUCCAUUACCAAGAACAACUUGGAGAAUUCCUUUCUUCUUGAGCCGGAGAUACCUAACAGCUCGUUGGGGAAUUUUCUGCAAAAAAACAGUACAAAUUAA